GUGAGUACAGUGGCAGUGCGCCAGGCGCUGCGCUACACAAGGUAGUGAGAGUAAAGAUGUCGGUGGUCAGCUGUCUCAGGUCUGGCACCAACCUCCUCAAAAAUGUCUCCAGCCCGGCCAGAUGCCUCUUCAUGAUCCAGCGAGAGAUGGGGGGGCAUGGGCCCAGAAAAAUGGUGAUCACUCCCUCUCGUUGGCAGUGGCACAAGUUCAAAGAUAUGCUACACUUCUAUUUCAUGCUUGGUGUGAUUCCCCUUGGAACAUUGGUGUUUCUUGUCAAUAUCUUCAUUGGUCCUGCUAAACUGUCUCCUAUCCCUGAAGGUUACAUUCCUAAAAAUUGGGAGUACUACCCACACCCAAUCUCCAGAUUCUUGGCACGAUAUUUAUACACAAGUCAUCAGCAGGACUAUGAGAAGUACCUUCACUUCAUGUAUGAGGAGAAAGAGAAGCAACAGAUGAGGUUGCUUGAGAAGAAGAUUCGUACCUUGAUGGCAGAGCGUGGAGAUUCUCAGGCAAUGUUCUACCGGCCAAUCCUCACAAAGUACCAUCGCUAUGUUCGUGAAGAGUAUGAUAGAUUGGAACACACUACUGGCCCUACAAUUUAAUUUGUUUUUAAAAGUUGGAUUCUGUAGGUAAAAAAAGUUUUUGAUGUGCAGUGAAUCAUAAGUAACUUUCCAAAUUUUUAGUGAAUUUACUGUGCUAAUUAAUAGUAAUUUAUUUAUUUAGUACAUAAUGGUAUAAUUCAUGAAGGAUUCCUUGAGAAGAAUAUUUUGUAUGACAUUAAAUACAAGAAAGAAGGAACACUGCAGCAGGCCUACUAGCCCAUGCUAAGCAGGUUCAACUCACACCCACUCUUGUACUUGUCUAACCUAUUUUUAAAGCUACACAAGGUUUUAGCUCCAAUAACUAUACUCGGGUGUAUUUAUCAUACCUUCCAUAGAUAUCAGGCAUUGUGUAAAUUGUAAAUAAAAUGCUUUAUUAUAUAAUAUGUUGUUAUA